UAUUGUUUAUAUCCAUCAGCAUCGGUGACAACCAACCAUCCGAUUCCAUCACAGAUUGUAGCUACGGUACCCAUACAAAUGCAAAAAUGUACUGCUUUUCUCAUACAUGAUGAAUAUGGUGCCUGCGUAUGGAUGUGGAUACGGACGAAACGACGCACUGUCUCCGGCUUCGGAUCUGUCAUCGUGCAGCAGUGCUUCGUCAGGAGCGUGGUGCGGUCCGGCUCCGUGGCGAGAUUUGACCCCAUACCCGCCGCAGUACCCGGCGUACUGGCCACCGGCGGCGGCUGCCGUCGCUGCUGAAGAAGCCCGGGAGCUCCAACGCCGCUGUGCGAAGUGUCGAUGCCCCAACUGUCUUACCGAAGCGGCUGGAUUCGGGCCUAACUAUGGAAAAGACGGAGCGAAACGAGAACACGUGUGUCACGUUCCCGGCUGUGGAAAAGUGUACGGCAAAACUUCUCACCUGAAAGCGCACCUCCGUUGGCAUACCGGAGAGCGUCCUUUUGUUUGCAACUGGCUCUUCUGCGGCAAAAGGUUUACACGUUCGGAUGAGUUGCAGCGACAUCUCCGCACGCAUACCGGUGAAAAGAGAUUCUCGUGUCAGCUUUGUACGAAACGGUUCAUGCGGUCGGAUCAUCUCGCCAAGCAUGUUAAAACACACGCGAAUACAUCUAGGAAGUGCAAGAAAACGAAAGACGACGACAAAGAGGAAUCCUCCGCGGAAAAGAUAGACAGUUCUCACGUAUCUGAAGCGUCGAUAAUCGAUACCGUUGGAAGCACCAAUUACGGUACAGCACCUAUGGGCGCUCCCGCGAAAACGACAGUGCCAAUAAAUCCUGUUGCAUGUGCGCCAUUUGCUCCGAGCUCUUCAAACGUUUACAACAGCUCUCCGAUGUAUAACGGCAGCGGUAUGAUGGGAGGCUGGUAUCCAGAAGUUAGACAGGAGGCUAUGUACCCACGAGCCCCUGCUAGAGUUUACCAACAGUACCCCGCCCCUAUUGGCAGUUAUCAGUGCGGGUCAAAAGACAACUACGCGGUUUUCCAAGGACAUUACAAUUUACAACCGUCGCUUGCACUGGGACAGUAAAUCUUAAUAAUAAAAUCAAUGCGAUGUGACGCGUUACUGUAGAUAAUGAAACUGCUACUUAUGUUUUAUUCGUAAGUUACCAUAACAUUCGAAAUGUGAUUUCAACGUAGCAUUGUGCCUUUUUGUAUUUAAAUGUGAUUAUUAUUAUGUUUAUAUGUAAUUAUUAUUAUGCAAUAAAUACUUC